UGUGAGGGAUUCAUAUAUGUAUGCGUGAAUGAAAUAUAUUUUUUGUGUUGGUUGAUGCAACUGUGGCAUAACAAAAUAGUGGAGGAUAAAGUGAGAUAAUCGGCAGUCAGGAUCUGGGCAUGGAAAAUAAUGUUACUGAGGAAGUCCGAAACCAGGAAGACGUGGAAAGCGGUUACAAUGACGGAGAGUCGGAAAAAGAGCAGGGAGAGCCUCAGAAACACGCAGAACUAAGUGGUGAACACUCUGAACCCUCUGUACACAAGGGAGGUGAAACUGAAGGAAACGACGAACCAAAAGAAGAUCACCAAGAGGCUAGAGAAAAGGAAGGUAAACCUGAUCAAGAAGUACAAAAGUGAGAUCAUGAACAAAGUGAUCAGUUUCACGUUGAGAUUGAUCAAAGAAAACCAAAGGUAGACCCUAACGAAUGCAAACAGCAGAAAGUUGAACUUAAACAGAAAAGAAGACCCACAAGGGAUCUCGGGAAACUUGGAAAGCAGCAGGUUGAAGUUAAAGAAGAGAAAAAAUCCGACGAAUACACAGGGGAAUCUAAACAGAAAACUGAAGAAGGCACGGUUGAUAAACCAGAAGAACGCGAGAAGCUAAUCAUUGAUAAAGAUAAAGACAAAAAGGACGACAACUUCCCAGAAGCCUCAGGGCGAGAAUCUCCAAAGGCACCACUGGCCACAUUUGAUGAUGACAGCGAUCUUGACGAGUUCACAGACAUACUGCAAGAAACAAAUCUGUGAGAGGCAGCGCUGCUUUCUCUAGUUCUUCUCUAUAUAACUACCGCUAGGCUAGUAUAUCAGUAUUAAAAUAGUGUGACGUUUUCUCUGGUUAUCUAUUUUAAGGAUUUGGUUUUAACUUAACCAUCGUUAAUUAGAGUUUUUGGUUUGUCUAUAAAUGCAUGGAGUGAUGAUGAACUACGUUACUGCUGGCAUCAAAAAAGUGCUUAUUUCUCAGUACUUCACCUGAAUAUCCGAGCACGUUUCUUAAAUUUUGGUACGAGUAUAAUUAAUAUAGAGCGAAUGUUAGAUGAUAAUGAUGCCUCUGUAUGGGAUGUCAUUCUAGGUGAGAAACAAGUAUACGGAGUUGGCUUUUCUAAAAUUAGUCAUUUAAGAGAUCAUGCGCACAAUUUAUUUAACUUUAUUUAAUUUUCAGAAGCUAAGCUUUGUUUUGUUACCAGCCAACAACACUGCAACAACGAGAGAUCUCUAUACCUUUUAAUGAUCGUUAAUUUUUAUUUAAAUGACUUUGAAUGUAUGAAAAACGUAAAUGUGAGCUACGUAGUAACAAAUGAAUAUGAGUUAUCCUCACAGAAAUGAACUCUGAACAAUGUCAAAAUAAAGCAUAUAUAUAUAUUAAGGCUUGAACGGGAGUUGAAGCCAUGACCAUCUUUGAUACCGGCGCAGUGCUCUACCAACUGAGCAAACAGGCCAACUAAAAGCCGGUCAUUUUUCUGGUUCGUAAUAAACUCGUUAAGUCAAGAAUAAGUGCCUGUGAAUAUGUGAAAAUCAUGAAUGUGAACUGUGGAUUGAUAAAUGAAUAUGAAAGUGAUCUAACUCAGCAAAUUAUUUAAAAGCUGGCUUCGUUAUAUAACAGUGCUAAGUCAUAAAUCGUAUUUAGCCCAUCACACACAUAUACUAUGUGCACAGGUCAUGUAUGUGCAAAGGUUACGAAAUGUGUGUGUGGCUAAUUUAUUUACUCGAACUUGUUGUUAUGAUUUAAGACGAAUGUAAUUAUUUUUGUAAAAGCUUGUGCAAACGCAAAGGAAGAAGGUAUUAAAGUUGCAAUUAUAAAGUGCCGGAGCAGUAAGCCGUACUU